AUGAAGGUAACGAGCGAGUCGAUCCGACUCGCAUGCAGAGGGGCCUGCUGCCGAUACGGGCUAGGCAGGCAGGCAGCAUCGAGCCAAAGGGUCCAAGCGCCACCGGCACAUACUGAAUCGCACUCGUUCCGCUCUUCCACCAAACAACUCAAGCGUUCCAAGAGCAUGCCGACGCUGCCAGAUGUGGCAAGGCGGGUCGGCUUCGGCCUCACUGUGAACAGCAAGCGCAAGAGCGGGAGCAGUCGAUGCGGCUACCUCAAUGCUUUCUAA